AUGCCUGCUAAAGCCCAGACUGUCCUGACGGCCCUCCUCUUGGCCUACAGUGCUUUAGGAGCGCCCAUCAACAACGACCAACAAAUCGAGCUGCAAUCAGUCAUCGAUGCUCUCAAGGUCCAGGUCGAGGAUCUGGAUCUUCCGUUCCCUUCCUCGAUCAUCGAUGAUGUUGAGUCGGCACUCAAAGCGAAGGGUGUCCUUGAUGCCAAGACUCUUGCCGCCCUAAAUAAGAAGAUUGAUGCUCUGACGGGACCUAAGGGCCUCGAUAGUGAAGAUAUCGCCUCCGAGGCUAUCGACUAUCUCACAGACAAGGGCGCUUUUGCGGAGACUGACGAAAAGAAAGUCAAGGAUAAGGUUGUGUACCUGACAACCGAUCUGAUCAAGGAGGUUCUAUCAAAGGGAGUCUAUGCAGUUCAGCGCCGAGACUGCCCACACAAGGGGCGCAUUUGUGGAGGAUGUGUGAUACUGUAA